AUCAAAUGACAUAAGUAAAAGAUUAACUGGAAGAUAUACUUGUUUGAAGCUUUUGGCAAGCAAGUCCACAUUUGAAGCCAUAGGUGGUAACCUUUUUCUGUCAGGGGCAUUAUAAUUGCUAAGCGAAGUACUAUAUGAACAAAGUACUUGUGCAUACUGAAAUGUUAUCCUGGACUAUCUUCUUUUUCUGUGCUUUGUUGGAGACUGCUAUCUGUGCCCCAACAUCAUUGGGCACAUUCUAUGUUUUUCCAGCCUCAGACACUGCAUUAAUCAACAAUAAUAAUGAACAAGAAUGCAAAAGCCUGCCAGAGUUCAAGUAUCUUGGUCACAGCUGCAAGGAAAUAAAGGAGAAGUAUGGCAUCCAACAAGAUGGCCUUUACUACUUGAUUUCCAGACACGGGGAGCUGUAUCAGACCUUCUGUGACAUGACCACCAACGGGGGAGGCUGGACUCUGGUGGCCAGUGUCCAUGAGAACAACAUGUAUGGGAAAUGCACUGUGGGUGACCGCUGGUCCAGCCAGCAAGGGAACAACCCCAACGUCCCAGAGGGAGAUGGCAGCUGGUCCAACAAAGUGACAUUCGGAUCUGCUGAGGCGGCCACUUCAGACGACUACAAGAACCCAGCAUACUAUGACAUUGAGGCUGAGAAUCUGUCUGUGUGGCACGUUCCUAACAAUGCUCUGACAGAGCACUGGAAAGUCUCGGCCAUUCUGAGAUACCACACUGAGACCAGCUUCUUCACACUGCAUGGAGGAAACCUCUAUAAGCUAUUCAAGCGCUACCCAGUGAAAUACAAAGAAGGAGAGUGUCUUACCAAUAAUGGCCCAUCCAUUCCAAUUGUUUAUGAUAAAGGAGACGCACAAUCUACCGCUCAUCUAUACGGCCCAGAAACUAGAGGACGAUUUGAGCCCGGCUAUGUGACAUUCCGCGUCUUCAAUACUGAGCAAGCAGCUCUGGCGAUGUGCUCUGGAGUCAAACCCACAGGAUGUCACACCGAGCAUACCUGCCUAGGAGGUGGGGGUUAUUUUGCUGAAGGGGAUGGCCGGCAGUGUGGAGAUUUUGCAGGGUGGGACUGGAACGGUUACGGCACCAACCAACAGUGGAGCACCUCGAAGGAGAUGACCGAAUCAGCAGUGCUGCUCUUCUAUCGUUAAAGAGAACAGUUGCUGUUUCACUCACUAGUCCAGCUGGUCUAGAGAGAAACUGUCUAAUCAAAUAACACUUAUAAGCUUUUGUCCUUAAAGUCUGUCACUAUUACAUUCACUGAUGUUUACCUUUAGAAGCAUAUAACAUAAAGUAGGCUCGUAUUUUGCUUUUCUGUUGCAUGUUUCCUGCAAAAUGAUCAAUCAUAAUUCUGUAACAUGUAGUUUUGAUAUGCAAUAAAAUGGAAAAAAAUAAUAAUCUGA